AUGACUCGCAUGGUUGGAAAGCUCGGCUUCUCGAGCCAGUCAGAGUAUGAUGGGGAAGUCAAGACUUCCCGGGAGUUGAGAACGGGUGACAUGGAUGUUUGUUUUGUUCUCUCUCUGUUUCCUGAGAAAGUGAGAAUGGUGAACAGUAGGGAAUUAAAGUCAUGGAAAGAGAAGCUCUGGAGAAGAAGCUUGAGCUUAGACUUGGCUUACCUGGAGAUGAACUUGAAUACAAGUCACAAGCAGCAGCAGCAGCAAAACACUGACAAGAAUGCAGAAACUGAAUGUUUAUCUUUUUGGGGAAAACAGAGUAAACUCUGCACCUUGGUUGGCUGGCCUCCUCUUGGAACUUUCAGAAAGAACAUUGCUGGUAAUUCUUCAAAAACAUUGAAUGAAUCUCAGAAUGUGGCUUUGAAGAGUGAAGUAAAGCUUGAGAACUGCAAAAAGAAGCGCUUGUUUGUUAAAAUUAACAUGGAUGGCAUGCCCAUUGGAAGGAAAAUAAACUUGAAGGCCUAUGAUAGUUACACAAUGCUUUCUUCGGCUGUCGAAGAACUCUUUCGAGAACUUCUUGCAGGCAUUUGUGAUAGUUCAAAAGAAAAGAAAGCAUUUAAAGGCUUAUUAGAUGGUAGUGGAGAUUAUACCUUGGUUUAUGAAGACAAUGAGGGAGAUAAAAUGCUGGUUGGUGAUGUUCCUUGGGACAUGUUUGUUUCUACUGCAAAGAGACUUCAACUGCUGAAGACCUCUGACCUUUCUGCUCUAUCUUCUAAAUCAGUCAGUAGAAACUGGAUAAGAUAGAGCUGAAGAAAGAUCAGAGAGGCUUGCAAAUUUUGUUCAGUGAGAUAGAGCUCUAAUGCUCUUUUCUGUUAACCAGUUCACAGUGAUUGUAGGAUAACUGGAUAAGAUCUUGAUGUGGACAUGCAAUCAAUAUCAAUGUUAAGAUAAAAUGUCUCUGAUGUAACUGAAAUUUGAGUGAUGGAGAUGAAGAUUGGGUCUCUAUCAAGGCAAGGUCCAAGCCAGCCAAGCAAAGAGAGCAGAAGAAGGCAAUGUUUAGUUGUGAUAUCCUUGUCAGCCAACUUCAUCUACUUGUCUUCACUGUAAAAGGAUAGGUUCCAUGAUUACCAAGUUUCAUCUCAACAAAGUCACAAAUGAGCUCUUAAUCAACAAUA